UCCUAUAGGGACUGAAAACCAAGUGAGGAGAUGAAGGAUUGCACCAUACUACACCAGAGCAUACAGAGAGGAUAGACAUCACAGAAAGAUCCUGACCAUCAGACAAGGAACAACUGCACAACUGUGGUAAGACAUCCAGUCACUUCUCAGCAUUGCUCAACACAGAGAAGGUUGAAACCAUUGUCUGGAAAUUGGUCAGGUCAGGGGAGCUUUGAGGUAUCAUCAGAUCUGAAACUGGUCAGUGGUGUGGAGCUUCCAUCAGAACCAGCCUUUCUGAAGGUUCGGCUGUGGGUGAUCAGUCAGGGUGAGGCUGGGAGGAAGUGUGAGUGGGCUCAAAAUGAGUUUCCAUCAUUUAUCCAGCCUCAUCAACCACUGACUCAAUUUAUAAGGGCUGUUUGAAUAUGAGGUGUGUGAGGAGGACUUCCCAAGUGCAUCUGUUGUACAAUUAGUAACAAAACAACAGCUUCAUGGAAGAUAAACCAUUCAAGUGUGAGGUAUGCGAUCGAGCUUUUGCAAAGUCAUCAACCCUUGUGAAUCACCGACGCAUCCACACUGGGGAGAGACCAUUUAAGUGUGAAAUGUGUGACAAAGCAUUUGCUCAGGUGUCGGGCCUGGUGAAUCACCGACGUAUCCACACUGGGGAAAAACCCUUCACGUGUGAGGUAUGCAACAAGUCAUUCUCAGAGUCAUCGACCCUCCGGAUACACCUACGCAUUCACACAGGGGAGAAACCAUUCUCAUGUGAGGUGUGUGACAAAUCAUUCUCGUCGUCAUCGGAUCUCCGUAAACACCAACGCACGCACACAGGAGAAAGACCAUUCAUGUGUGAAGUAUGUGACAAAUCAUUCUCGUAUUCAUCACAUCUCCAGACACACCGACGCAUCCACACUGGGGAGAAAUUGUUCAAGUGUGAAGUGUGUGACAAGUCAUUCUCUGAUUCAUCAAGUCUCUUGCUCCAUCAGAGGAUUCACACAGGCGAGAAACCGUUUACAUGCAAGAUAUGCAACAAAUCAUUCUCACAGUCAUCAACCCUCCGCAUACAUCAACGUAUUCACACAGGGGAGAAACCCUUUACAUGCGAGGUGUGUGACAAAUCAUUCUCACUAUCAUCGAAUCUCAACACACACAAACGCAUUCACACUGGGGAGAAGCCAUUCAGGUGUGAGAUGUGUGAUAAAUCAUUCACACAGUCAUCAACCCUCAGCAUGCAUAGACUCAUUCACACUGGGGAGAAAGCAUUCACAUGCGAGGUGUGUGACAAAUCAUUCUCAAGUUCAUCAAGACUCCUUCUCCAUCAGAGGAUUCACACAGGGGAGAAACCAUUCACAUGUAAGGUUUGUGAUAAAUCAUUCUCCGUGUCAUCAACACUUCGCAGACACCAACGCAUCCAUACAGGGGAGAAACCAUUCACAUGUGGGUUUUGUGACAAGUCGUUCUCAGAUUUAUCACACCUUCACAGACACCACCAUAUCCACACUGGAGAGAAACUGUUUAAAUGUGAAGCAUGUGAGAAAUCAUUCUGUGACUCAUCAAGUCUCCUGCUCCAUCAGAGGACUCACACUGGGGAGAAACCAUUCACAUGUGAGGUGUGUGACAAAUCAUUUUCAGUGUUAAAUUCCCUCCACAAGCACCAACGCAUUCAUACAGGGGAGAAACCAUUUACAUGCGAAGUGUGUGACAGAUCAUUCUCUGAGUCAUCAAACCUCCGCAGACACCAACGCAUUCACACGGGAGAGAAACUGUUCAUAUGCCAAGUUUGCAGCAAAUCAUUCCAGAGGUCCUGGAACCUCCUGCUCCAUCAGAGGAUCCACACUGGGGAGUAAUCAUUCAAUUGUAAGUGUCUAUUUGGGAGGGAGAAACCUUCUUCAAAGCAUCUUUCUGAAGCCACUUGUGUUUGCUACAAAGAUUUUGCCCUGGCUGUUUGUUUGCAUAGAUAUCACUUGGAAGUGAAGUACAUUCAAGGGAAGCAGAUGUACAUUGCAGACAUGCUGUUGGGAGCUGCUCUUUCUUUGAAAUACAUUAAUGCUGGUCCAGAGUUUGAGAUCUUCCAGAUUCGACAAGAAGAAUCGGCCCAACAUGUUCUGGAAGGCAGCAAACCACAUCUGGGGCUGUGGUCAUGUCUAUGGUUGGUACCAGCUUCCUGGCUGAUCAUUAAUAAACCAACAUUAAAGAUAUUGAAAAUAGAAUUUAUACUUUAUGUAACUUCCAUUAAAAAUUCCUGAUAUGGUCAGUUUAAGACAGAUUAUGCUGAUAAAGUGAAUACAAAUCAGCAUAAAUUCUCAGCCAAAAUGAUGUACUUAUGGUUGUUACGUACUUGUCAAGCACUUAUGUUGAAGCAACAAGUUUUUAAAAAUGUUUGUGAUCAAUUGAAGAAUUUUUAUAUAAGGAUUGUGAUUGUGAUCUGAUUUGAAUUCAUGAUCAAUGCAGUGUGUAAAUAUCUACUAGGUAAUUUGUAAGACAAGACAUUACCUAAAUCCACAAACAUCCAAUCUCUCUCCACCAAUGCUCAGUAGCAGCGGUGUGCACUAUCCACAAGAUACACUGCAGAAAUUUGUCAAGGCUCCUUAGGCAGCACCUUCCAAACCCACAGCAACUUAUAUCUGGAAGGCCAAGAGCAGCAGGUACAUUGGAACACCACUACCUGCUAUUUCCCCUCCAAACCACUCACUCUCCUGAAUUGGAAAUAUAUUACCAUUCCUUCAGUGUCCCUGGGUCAAAAUCCUGGAAUUCCCUCUCCAACAAUGAUACUGUUCUACCUAUACUACAUGACAGAAGCUCAAAAGAGUAACAUACCAGCACUUCUCAAGGGCAACUGGGAUGGAUGAUAAAUUCAGACCAGGAAUUUAAAAAAUAUUUCUGCUUAAUCUUGAUUCUAGUCCUUGAUUUUAAUAAUUUGUGUGUUGUUUUUUGUUGAUCUUUUGGCGUGACUUUUGUAUUUAUAAACUCAAUUGUAUACAGUUCUUGACAAUCUCAUAUAUGGAAUAGACAAAAGGAUGUUUGAAGAGAGGAAGACAACAAUGAAUGAAAAAAUCUACAGCAUUUUGUUUACAUAUUAGUUGACCAGGAUCAAAAAGAUAUGAUUUUCUGCUUUGAACACCUUAAAGAUCACGUUAUUUCGGCCUGGGCUUGAUAAGAUGAGAAUAGAGACUAUUUACCUUUAAGGAGGCUAUGGAUAAUAGUUGCUUAAGUUGUUUCCUUCCAACUGUCAGAUUCUUUCCAAUGCUGGCGAACAGGAAAGAGAUGGAGACCAGGCAGGAGUCUUAAAGAUUGUCUUUAUUGAAAGCACUUCUUUAUAUAUCUUCAAGCUUAAGUUUUAUUUACUGUGAGUAGAUGUGGCUUUUUUAUACAGCAUUGCAACUGAAGCUUAUUUAUACAGUAUUCUUACAGUUAUUUGUCCUUACUGUGAUAAACAGACAUUUUCUUUACAGAGUACUGACUGAUUCUCCUUCUGUUACACAGUUAGCAUGACUCACAUAGGCCUGACAGCACUUACAGUCAUGUGCCCCUUGAGUCAUCCUCAUUAACCCAAUCACAUUUGCUGUUCACGUGUGACUUUGGUCAUGCACCUUAAUCAUCCUAACUACCUUCAGUUGUCACCCUCCACAACUCUCCCGUUUGAUUCUAUCAAAGCACGUACACAAUUGCAAUCUUUAAACAUAGGAGCUGGAGAACUCUGUUUUUGUGCCGGAGAACUGGACUGAACAGAGCGAAUUUUAGCAGGCAUCAAACUCUUAAUAAAAGCAGAGAAGCAUUGCAAAAGGAUGUCAAUAGCAAUUAAAAUAAUCAGAAAGAUCGCUAUGCCUUUGACGAUGGAAGUGCCCAAGGAUCCUAACCAUACCGUCACCCAAUUCCAAAGGAUGUUUUCGGUCGUGGGGGGAGGAUGGUAUUUGAGUUUGUCAGCCUCUUUAUUGAUAUGAUCCACAAAGUUGAUAAUUUUUUCCAAAUUGUCAGGGAUUUAAGUACAGCAUUCUUUCCCAAUGAGGAAACAUGUGCCUCCUUUUUCAGAGAGAAGCCAGUCUAGAGCCAUUUGGUUUUAUAAGGCAGUUGUGUGAUUGGCCACCAUUCUGGCACUGAUUUUAUGUAAAGCCUGGGCAGUGUCAUUGACUAUCUGCUCCAAGGCAGCAGCCAGAUUGUGGGAUUCCCUGGCCAACCUCGCAGUGCAAUAUGGGGGAAACAGAACGGAAAAUAAUUAUUUGGUUUCGGUCAUGGCACGCUUGCACAUAGUAGAGUGGAUAUCAAGCAGUUUAGUAAGGCGAUACAUAAAUGGAACCACAUAAGCAAGAUUACAGGAGCCAGGAUGGGGGUAACCAAGCAUAAUAGAUACCAUUAAAAGAAUUGAAAUGGGUAAUAAUUUCAGGGAACCAGUUUUAUUGAAAAGUGCCUUUAUGAUUGACUUUGUGAAAAGUAAGACGGCUAUUGGACCCCUGUGUGAGGAGAGAGCUGUUACAAAUUCCUUUGGUCAGAGGGGGAAAAGAGACAUUAUAAUAUUGGGAGUAUCUGCUGACACCCACGAAUGUCCCUUUUCCUCAGUUGCAGUUCUGGUGAGAGUGAUAGGGGCUCUGUGUCUUCCUUCAUUCAAAAUAUUAGUCAGUGUAACAAAAUGGGAGAGGAGAUGGUGCAGUAGUCUGGUUGGUACCAUUGUGGAAGGGCGAAACAAGAUACCCUGCAGACCACUGCUUUUGCAUUAGCCGGUCGGUGUUGACUGUAUAAUGGCCACCUUUAGUCCGUAAACCCUCCUGAUUUCUGGGCAGCAAACUAUUCUGUUUCAGCGCCCACUCCGCCACUUUGGAGACAUUGAAGGGGAAUGGCCAUAAUGGGACUCCCUCUUUGGAUUAGGUCAGAAUAUGGGCACAGACUCAACAACUGGACACAUUUCAGUAAGGCCUUUGAUAAGGUUCCAUAUGGUAGGCUGCUCUGGAAGGUUAGAUCACAUGGAAUCCAGGGUGACCUGGCAAAUUGGAUACAUAAUUGGCUUGAUGGUAGGAAGCAGAGGGUAAUAGUGGAAGGAUGCUUGUUGAACUGGAGGCCUGUGACUAAUGGAGUGCCUAAGGGGUCGGUCCUGGGUCCAUUGCUGUUUGUUAUCUAUAUCAAUGAUUUGGAUGAGAAUAUGCAAGGCAGGGUUAUUAAGUUUGCUGACGACACUAAAAUAGGAGGAAUCAUGGACAGUGAGGAAGGUUAUUAGAAAUUUCAGCAGGAUCUUAAUCAGCUGGGGAUGUGGGCGGAGAAAUGGCAAAUGGAGUUUAAUAUAGAUAAAUGAGAGGUCUUUUUUGGAAAGUCAAAUUAAGGUCGAAGUUUCAUGGUGAAUGGUAGGGCCUUAAGCAAUGUAGUGGAAAAGAGGGAUCUUGGAGUUCAGGUGCAGGGUUAUUUGAAAGUGAAGUCACAGGUAGACAGGGCAGUGAAGAAGGCUUUUGGCAGACUGGCCUUCAAUCUGGGCACUGAAUACAGAAGUUGGGAAGUUAGAACACAGAACAGUACAGCCCUUCGGCCCAUGAUGUUGUGCCGAGCAUUUAACACAAAUCAACCUAAUGUAAGAUCAACCUAACCUAAACAGCCCACAAUUUACUGCCGCCCAUGUGCUUGUCUAGCAGUCGCUUAAAUGUUCCUAAUGUCUCUGACUCUACUACCACCGCCGGCAAUGCAUUCCAUGCUCCCAUUACUCUCUGCAUAAAGAACAUAAAGACAUCUCCCUUAUACAUUCCUCCAAUCACUUUAAAUUUAUGGCCCCUCAUGACAGCCAUUUCUGCCCUGGGGAAAAGUCUCUGGCUAUCUAUUUAUGCCUGUCAUUACCUUGUACACCUCUAUCAAGUCACCUCUCUUCCUUCUCUCCAAUGUGAAAAGCCCAAGCUCACUCAACCUCUCUUCAAGAGACAAGCCCUCCAAUCCAGGCAGCAUCAUGGUAAAUCUUCUUUGUACCCUCGCUAAAGCAUCUACAUUCUUCCUAUAAUGAGGCAACCAGAACUGGACAUAAUAUUCCAAGUAUGGUCUAACCAGGUUUUUAUAGAGCUGCAGCAAAACUCUGCGGCUCUUAAACUCAAUCCCUCGUUAAUGAAAGCCAAAACACCAUAUACCUUCUUAACAAUCCUAUCAACUUGAGGGACUAUGUCCAUGGACCCCAAGAUCCUGCUGUUCCUCCACACUGCCAAGAGUACUGUCUUUAACCCUGAAUUCAGAAUUCAAAUUUUUCCUUCCAAAAUUAAUCACUUUGCAUUUAUCCAGUUUGAACUCCAUCUGCCACUUCUCAGCCUAGCUCUGCAACCCAUCAAUGUCAUGUUGUAGCCUGCAACAUCCCUCGACACUAUCUACAACAGCACUGACCUUUGGGUCACUGGCAAACUUCCUAACCCACCCUUCCACUUCUUCAUCCAAGUCAUUUAUAAAAUUUACAAAGAGCAGAGGUCCAAGAACAGAUUACUGCAGGACACCACUGGUCACUGACCUCUAGGCAAAAUACUUUCCAUCUACUACCACUCACUGUUUCUUUCAGCCAGCCAAUUCUCUAUCCAGACAGCCAAAUUUCCCUGUAUUCCAUACCUCCUAACUUUCUGAAUGAGGCUAUCGUGGGGAACCUUAUCAAAUGCCUUACUGAAAUCUAUAUACACCACAUCCACUGCUUGACCUUCAUCAACUUGUCUCAUCACAUCCUCAAAGAACCUAAUAAGGCUUGUGAGGCAUGACCUGCCUCUCACAAAGCCAUGCUGACUACCUUGAAUCAAAAUAUGUUUUUCCAAAUAGUCAUAAAUCCUAUCUGUCAGAAUUAUUUAUAAUACCUUGCUUACCACAGAUGUAAGACUGACUGGUCUAUAAUUCCUGGGGAUUUCCCUAUUCCCUUUCUUCAACAGAGGAGCAUUUGCCUCCCUCCAAUCAUCUGGUACUAUUCCUGUGGAGAGUGAGGAUGCAAAGAUCAUUGCCAAUGGUGCAGCAAUCUCAUUGUUUGGUUCCCCUAGUAACCUUGGAUAUAUCUGGUCCGGCCCUGGGGAUUUAUCUAUCUUGAUGCUUCCCAGAAUUUCCAGCACAUUGGCUUCCUUAAUAUCAAUCUGUUCAAGCCUAUUAACUUGGUCCACAGUGUUCUCACUAUCAACAUGGUCCCUCUAUUUAGUGAACACUGAAAAAAAAACUCAUUUAGGGCCUCCCCUACCUCUUCAGACUCCAGGCCCAAGUUCCCUCCACUAUCCCUAAUUGUCCUACCUUCUCCUUGAUCAUUCUCUUAUUCCUCACGUAAGUGUAUAGAAUGCCUUUGGGUUUUCCCUAAACCUUCCAUCAAGGCUUUUUUGUGCCUCCUCCUAGCUCUCCUCGGUCCAUUUUUGAGUUAUCUAGCUACCCUGUAAUCCUCUAAAGUUGUGCCAGAUCCUUGUUUCCUCAAUCUUAAGAAAGCUUCCUUCUUCCUUUUGACGAGAAGCUCCUCUGCUCUUAUCGUACAAGGCUGCUUCACCUCACCAUUCCUUGCCUGUCUCAGUGGGACAAAGUUAUCCCACUGCAGCAAACGCUCCUAAAACAGCCUCCACAUUUCUGUUGUGCCUGUCCCAUAGAACAAUUGUUCCCAAUUUAUACUCCACAGCUCCUGUCUAAUAGCAGUAUAAUUUCCCCUCCCCUUCCCAUACUACCUAUUCCUAUUCUUCUCCAUUGCUAUGGGGGUAAUGGUCAGGCAGUUGUGGUCACUGUCACCAAAAUGCUGUCCCACUGAGAGCUCUGUCACCUGGCCUGCUCAUUGCCUAGCACCAAAUCCAAUAUGUCCCCCAUCCCCACCCCAGGCAGCCUAUUUACAUAUUGAGUCAGGAAUUCCUCCUGGAUACACCUGACAAAAUCAGCUCCAUCUGGACCAUCUGCACUAAGGAGGUUCCAAUCAGUAUCGGGGGAGUUGUACUCACCCAUAACAACAACUCUGUUACAUCUUCACCUUUCCAGUGUUUGCUGUCCAAUUUGUUCUUCCAUCUCAGUGCUGCUAUUGGGGGGGUCUAUAGAAAACACUAAAUAAAGUGACUGCGCCUUUCCUGUUACUGACUUCCACCCAUAGUGUCUCAGUAAACAAACCCUUCUCAACAGCCUCCUUUUCUACAGCUAUGAUGCACUCUCUAAUUAACAAUGCUACUCCCCCCUCUUCUCUUACCCCCCUCCCUGUCCUUUUUAAAAGUUUGAAAUCCUGGAACAUCCAGCAACUAUUCCUGCCUCUGUGAAAUCCAUGUCUCUGUUAUGGCCACAAUAUGUCGUUCCAAGUACUGAUCCAUUGUCUAAGUUCAUCACUCUUGUUCCUGACUCUCCUUGCAUUGAAAUAGACAAACUUUAAUCCAUCCCCUUGCCCUAACAACUGCGUGUCAUUCCUGACAGACUCUCUGUUGCAUUUGUACAGGACGUUGUUGAGGCUGCACUUGGAGUUUUAUGUCACCUUGCUCUUGGAAAGACAUUAUUGAACUGGAAAGAGCGCAGAAGAACUUUACAAGGAUGUUUCCUGGAUUCAAUGGUCUGAUUUAUAGGGAGAGAUCGGACCAUUAAGAUUUUUUUCUUUAGAGCAUAGAAGACUGAGGAGGAAUCUUAUAGAAGUGUAUAAGAUCAUGAGAGGCUUGGAUAGGGUAAAUGCACCCAGUCUUUUUCCCAGGGUUGAGGAAUCAAGGACUAGAGAGCAUCAGUUAGAAGGGAAAGAAUAAAGAGGAACCUGAGGGAACAAUGUUUUUACACAGAGGGUGGUACGCAUAUGGAAUGAGCUGCCAGUAUAAGUCAUUGAAGUGGCUUUAUCAAUAUUUAAAGGGCAUUUGGACAAUACGUGGAUAGGAAGGAUUUAGAAGGAUAUGGGCCAAGUGCAGGGAAAUGGGGUUAGUGUUGAUGGACAUUUUGGUUGGCAUGGACCAUGUCGGACGUCUUAUUGUGGUCCAGCCAACUAUGCCAAGUUGUUGGGUUUUGCAAGGCCAGAGAAUAGGAGCAAGACAGAGACCAGCCAGGUUGUCUUUCUUGAAAGUACUUCUUAGUAUAUCUUCAAGCUUAAAUUUUAUUUACUGUAAGUAGAUGUGGCUUUUUAUACAGCAUUGCCACUGAAGCUUGUUUAUACAAUAUUUUUACGGUUAUCAAUCCAUACUAUAAUA